GCUGCAAUGCGGAACUUGGAGGCUUUGCUGGGCUCUUUGAUUUGAAAGCAGCUGGUUACAAAGAUCCUAUCUUGGUAUCUGGAACUGAUGGUGUUGGCACAAAACUCAAGAUUGCACAAGUGUGUAAGAGACAUGACACCAUAGGUCAGGACCUGGUUGCCAUGUGUGUCAAUGACAUCUUGGCUCAAGGAGCGGAGCCCCUCUUCUUCCUCGACUAUUUUGCCUGCGGCAAACUUGACGUUGAAGUGGCUCAGGGUGUCAUUGCAGGAAUAGCUGAAGCUUGCAAAAAGGCAGGAUGUGCUCUUUUGGGAGGAGAAACUGCUGAAAUGCCAGGCAUGUAUCCACCCGGAGAGUAUGACCUGGCUGGCUUUGCUGUUGGUGCAGUGGAGCGAGGGCAGAUGCUGCCCCAGCUGGAGAGAAUUGCUGAUGGAGACGUGGUUAUUGGAGUAGCUUCUUCUGGGGUUCACAGCAAUGGGUACAGCCUUGUAAGGAAGAUUGUGGAAAAGUCAUCGUUCGAUUUCUCUUCUCCAGUUGGCGUCUCCGGUGAUCAGACAUUAGGAGAUCUCUUGUUAACCCCAACCAAGAUCUACAGUAAGACUCUGUUGCCUGUCCUUCGCUCAGGCCAUGUGAAAGCCUAUGCCCACAUCACUGGAGGGGGCUUGCUGGAAAACAUCCCCAGAGUUCUCCCAGAGUCCUUUGGUGUCGUUUUAGAUGCUCUUACCUGGAAGAUUCCUGAAAUCUUUUGCUGGCUCCAUAAAGAAGGGAACCUCUCUGAGGAGGAAAUGACUCGGACAUUUAAUUGUGGGAUCGGUGCUGUCUUGGUAGUUCAGAAGGAGCUGGCUCAGCAGGUCCUCAAGGACAUACAGAGACACGAGGCAGCCUGGCUGAUCGGGAAAGUUGUCUCCCUACAAAAAGGCUCUGCCCAUGUUAAAGUCCAUAAUAUUCUUCGAGCCUUGCAAGCAAAUAGGUCACUGUCUGUGCACAGCCAUAUCCAAGGCAAAAUCCAGACAAACAAAGUGAAGGUUGCUGUCCUUAUCUCUGGAACAGGCACAAACCUGGAAGCCCUCAUAAAUAGCACAAAAAAGCCCACCAGUUUCGCACAAAUAGUUCUUGUUGUUUCUAACAAAGCUGGUGUGGAGGGGUUAAGGAAAGCUGAGAGGUCUGGUAUUCCUACAAGGGUUAUUGACCAUAAAUUGUAUGAAAGUCGCACUGAAUUUGACAGUGCAGUUGACAAAGUCCUUGAAGAAUCCUCAGUUGAACUGAUCUGUCUGGCUGGAUUUAUGCGAAUACUGUCGGGUCCUUUUGUCAAAAAAUGGGAAGGAAAAAUACUGAACAUCCACCCAUCUCUACUGCCUUCUUUUAAGGGAGCAAAUGCCCACAAAUUGGUGUUACAAGCUGGAGUCCGAGUCACAGGCUGUACUGUACACUUUGUGGCUGAGGAAGUUGACGCUGGAGCAAUCAUUUUCCAAGAGGCAGUUCCAGUUAAGAUUGGUGACACAGAGGAGACCCUGUCCGAAAGGGUGAAGGAGGCCGAGCACCGAGCCUUCCCAGCUGCCCUGCAGCUUGUCGCCAGCGGGGCUGUACAGGUGGGGGAAGCCGGCAAGAUCUACUGGAAGUAGGAGCAGCGCGUCCGUGAAGGUCCUCAGAUGGGACAGCUGGGGUGCCUUAAUUGGUCAAAACAGAGGUCACAGCCUAAUAACACGCACACUGUGUUCUCUUCACAAGG